AUGAGCGCCCGCGAAGAUACCGUCCUCCGUCCCAUCAAUUCCUCCAUCACCGACGAGAAUGACUGGCCGGAUUUCGAUCUGGUCGACGUCAAGGUCCUGCGGCCGGGGAAGAUGCUCUAUGCCAAUCUUCUCGAUGCCACAGAACGGAAUCCGGUCCAGGUGAUUGGCUGCUUGGAGCUGAGGGAGGACCAGAACCACCUACUACUCGACCCCGAAUCCGCUUCUAAACGUGUUAUUAUCGACGAUGUCACCCAUUACGCCUAUGGCCAGACGGAAGAUCGUAGCGUUGAGCUAUGGGUGGCCGGCAAGGCUGGCUGGUAUAAUAUCUCGCCUGCCAAGGGCUAUGUGCCGACCUUCAGUCGCAUGGUCCAGGCUGUGGAUAUGCUUUAUUUCCUAACGGAUCGGCACCAGCAUGGCAAGAAGCAGCUAAAUCCAUCUUUUAAGAAUCUGUGUGAGCAGUAUGUCUUUCACACACACGGCGAUUGCGAGACUAGAGAGCAAUCGGCUGAGGUAUUCACGGAACAUGCGCCAUUCCUUCUCCGCUGCAUGAUUGAAGACGACGAGGAUGGUGACUGUAUGGACUGGAAGAAGACUAAUGUAUUCGUUCACCUUCGUCGCCAAUUUAGCGAUGUCUACAACGAGCUCAUGGAAGAGCGAUCGAACAAGUCCGAGGAUGAAGAAGAGCAGAGCGAGACCACAGUAUCAACACCUCGGCAUGAUCCAGCGGCCAUAGCGAAAUCACAAAUUGAUGCUAUCUACCAAAUGAUAACAGAUCUGAGGGAAGAAGGCUAUUUAGCAAAGCGCCGCCUACAUCUCGAUCUCUUGACGGAACGUCUAGCCGAUCGAUAUUCCUUCAGCCGGGAAAAUGCAAGCAAGAUUAUUGCGGCUAGAGCAGGUGCGGUCGUGGAGCGGCUAGACGAAGAGGAUACGCCUGGCUUCCGGUGGGCUCGUUAUGUGAUUCACCGAGAGCUCACACACGCUGCAACUCAAGAGAGCACACUCUCUCCCGGGCUUCUCACACCACUACAGCCAAUCGAGGACUCUAGUGAUGAUGAACGCCUGGGCCACACACAGAAAUCGGUUCUGCGGCCCAAGAUGAACUCUGUCGUCUCUGGGAAGAUCAUGGGGAAACGACAUCGUAAUGCAGUCAUCAACAAGGACGUACAGUCCGAUACCAGCGAAGUCGAGGAAGAGGAUGAAGCCAUGGAAGACAUGGAAGACAUUGACGACAUCGAUACACCCAGCAAGACUCGCGGUCAUGAGCUGAUAAGAACACCUCUUGCCACCGCAAAGUCUCGGGGCCGCUCCCUUCUCCCCAGUUCUGGAUCUGCUGCGUCUUCACUAUUGAAGAGCGUACUCUCGUCAGAACCUCCCCAGACGCCAUCUUUGCUCUCCAACAUGAACGGAGAUACCCUCACAUCCCACCCUCUUGCUGAAUUGAAUAAGAUCUCAGAAAUAUGGUCAUGCCGCAUGCCCGGCUGUUCAAAGACCAUCUCGACCAAGGGCGAUCAGCGCAAGCAAGAUAUCGAGGCACAUGCCACGGAACAUGAUUGGGAGGCACAGAUGCGCAUCGAAAUAGUUGAAGCCGAACGACGCAUGCAUACAACAAUGCCUGUCAGCAAUCUGAUGCAGUACUUGCUCAACCAGCACGUUGCGCAGAUGCGCUCUGCUUUCCCCGAGAAAUAUCCCGCAAAUAUGGAGAAUGGGGAAGCAAAUGGAAACAUGGAACCUUCUGAAACAGUUCAGAAUGGAGAUUCAGCACCAUUGCUCAAUGGCUAG